AUGCCCUCUCGAACAUUCCGUCCGGUUUCUCUGCUUCACAACAGCUUUGUUGUACAAGGAGAUCCAUGGUCUCUCAUACUGGACGAGUCGUACGAACUUUGCGCUCGGAGUACGAAUCAGGUCAAGUACAAGGCCCAAUUUGUCUUGCUUUACCAACUAGGUAAUAAGCACGAACUGGAGGAAUCAAGGCGCGAUCAAAUUCCCACCUUUCUGGGUUAUUUUGACCCCUCUGUCCGCUAUUGGGAUAUCGGAUCAAAUGACAGUAUCGGUAGAGCGACGCUGUGUGAAGUACUUUCCUGGAUCGAAAAUUACAUGACCUACAGGUUCGUAGAAGUCAGCAUCAAAGAUUAUCUCACAUCUCUGUUGGUUGCACUACUCAUCUACAUUGGCCUUAGUGAUGAUUCUAUGCAAGCAUCUUUUCCCGAUGAUUGCAUAGUACGGAGAUGA